UUUUAAGACAUGAAACGCUGGAUACUCCGAAAAAAUGCUCACUGAAGUCACUUCUUUGCAACUCUCGAGGUUCUCUCUAGAACAAGUACAUAUUAGCCACUGGUGGCAGCUGCUAUUGUACGCCACUGAGAUGUACAAUAAGCACCUAGCAACUUCCACCAUUGAAGGAAGAUCUUGAUCCUGUCCCCCACCAUUUAUACGUACACUUUUCCCGUUUCUAUACACGCUUUUUCCAAUGUUCAAUGCAAUUAAAUGAUAACUCUGUUAUUCCUUUAUUCGGGUCGGAUUGCACAGAUGGAUCCUCAGGGGGUAAUGAUGAAUGAAGGGGGGCGGCUGUAUAACUUAGCAGAGAUGUGGCCCGGGUUCCAGAUUAAUGCCAAUGAAACGCGGUCUGACAAUUUGCCAGCAAUUAAUCCGGGUUUGGAUUCGAAUCCGAUGGUUAUGGAGAAGAGAUCGGAUCAUAGUCCGAGUCAGAAAUCGAGGAAGCAAAGGGAUGAAGAUACUGAGGGAGUUUCUACUAGCAACAGCAAUGGCUACAACCAUGCUUCCAUGAAUAGAAGUGAUAAUAAAAGGCAAAAGGUCAUGGCAUCAAAUGAAAAUCUUGAAACUGAGACGGAUGGAGACGGGAAUUCACAUAAGGUGGCGGAGCAGCCAGCAAAACUGGUGGAGCCGCCAAAGCAAGACUACAUCCAUGUACGAGCGAGAAGGGGUGAAGCUACUGAUAGUCAUAGUUUAGCCGAGAGAGCAAGAAGGGAGAGGAUAAGUGAGAGGAUGAAAAUUCUCCAAGAUUUAGUCCCUGGUUGUAAUAAGGUUAUUGGCAAAGCACUAGUUCUUGAUGAGAUAAUUAAUUAUGUACAAUCUUUACAGCGUCAGGUCGAGUUUCUUUCAAUGAAGCUUGAAGCAGUUAAUGCAAGAGUGAAUCCUAUAUCUCAGCAGCCAUUUGAUAAUCCUGGCGGGGUAUUUGAUUCACAAGCUGCUAGAAAAUAUGAUAUAAAUACAACACCAGAAUGGUUUCAUAUGCAGAUAGGUGGCGCGUUUGAAUGAACAUCGUGAGUUCAUAAUCUUCAUAGGAUCGUAAAUAACAAUAAGAAGCUGUGUUCGAGAAGGAUUAAUAUCUCAAGAAAAUAAAUUUGUGCUUCAAUGAUGCAACGAUGUAUUUCUUUCUCGAAUCACAAAUGUAUUGCAUUUACAUUUCAUUAUCAGGUGUGUGACUGCUGCAUCCCUUGGGACUUUCUGAAACUCAUAUUAUAAAAUCUCCACCCUUUAGAUUUUCGAA